AUGAGUACAUCUGAAGGGAAUUCAAAGGAUAGUGUUUCUGAAACCCCGAAACCCACGGCAGAACUCUCCCAUUCUAAACAUGAAAUCAAGAACUUCUCAAGAACGAACCCUUCCAAAACUGCUCAUUCACCUUUGAAACCCAAUCGCAUAUCCAGACACGUUACCUUCCUCACUACACCUAUCAACCACAUCACCCCCAGAACUCCCAAUCCAACCUCCCAGUUUCUCACAAACAAUCCUCAAGAAUCCUCUUCGAAUCAUACUUCAGAGACAAACAACAACCCAGAUAAUUCCGAAGGCUCACUCGAAGAAACUACUCAACCACACAAAACCUAUUCACCAAGAGCACAAUCGACUGGACCGGACUCGCAAAGGCCCACUAAACCCCCGAACUCGGAACCAUCACUUCCUCCCCAUGAGAAGCCCCAAUUUCUCAAUCCCACCAACAAAUCCCCUCACUCCCAAUCCGACACCUUCCAAACCUUCUUCAACGCCCUCGAAAGAUCCUUCCCCCAAUACGAUUUCGACACUCUCCAAAAAGCAAUCGAUAUCAUCGCGCUGGAGCAAGGGAAAUGUGCCACGAAUGGCGCUCCGUCAUUUCUAUUUCUCUAUGCGCUUCUAGCGCAAAUCUGGCAUUCCGGAUUGACGAUGCGAGACGCGUGGAUGAAAUUCCAGGAGGUGGGGUUCGUGAUGAGUUUUGGGAAUUUUGAAAUCUUGAUGCGACAAGCUGAGGUUUUUAAAUUGGGAGACAAGGAGGAGAUGAAUAGUUUGCUUCUUACGGAAGCGUUAUGUGAAAUUGCGGAGAGGGAGUUACAGAUACAUAUGCAUACCAAAUAUGAAGAGGGGUUAUCCUCGCAACUUACUGAAAUUUUCUCUACGGUAUUACCGCGUAUAUAUUUCCACGCGUGCGGAUGGUCUAAAGCACUUGAAAUUUUUAAUGCGCAUCUCGGUAUGAAACUCGGUUUGCGCAGGUUUAAGAAAUAUAUUAUUCCGGUAAUAGCACAGAGGAUGAGAGCACAUGAUGAGAGACAUACUGCGAGGAUAAGGAGAGUGUUGAAGAAGGAAGCCGUGAAGACGGGGAUGGAGAUCACGCCGGGAACGUUCUGUGGGGUGUUUAAUGGGAUGACGGGGUUUGAGCUUGAGGAGGUGGUUUUGAGGGAUGUGCAGAAUUAUUUGUUGGGGGUAUGGAGGGUGUGGGGGUAUAUGGAUGGAUGGAUGGGUGGGUGGGUGGGUGGAUGGGUGGAGAUGGGGGUGGAAUUGAGAGAGGAGAGUGCUUUAUUGGGGAUUGAAGAAAGGGGGAAGGAAGCGAAAUGGAAAUGGGAAAUUGGAAAUUUAAUCACACCAUCAUUGAUAUUCACUUUUAAUCAAUAA